UCUUAUUGUUGUAGAUAACUGGUUCCUUCAAACAUUUUUAUUUUAUCCCGUAACUGGAGCAUGCACACCAUACAAUAAUCCUUGAUGAUACUGAGGAUAGCUGUAUUAUUGUCCUCGUGCUUUGUGUAGGCUAAAAUCUCUUGUGUUUCUUCAGGACAAACACCAAGCUAAGACCACUCCAGCGCGUGAUAUUUCAAAGCAUUUGUAUAAAUGUAUUCAAAAGCUCAAAGACAUUAUUCCCGGUAGACCUGAUAGCAUCAUCAUUACUUGAUGAGACAGGGAAAAUUGGGGAGACAAUUGAGCACGUGCCAAUCUGACUAUCAGGAGACACCCGUUUUUUCAACGACCACCUGCAGGUCGCCGCCAUGACACCUGUGUGGUCGCUGCUGCUGCUGCUGAUUGGGGGUAUGGCUAUUGGCCAUGACGUCACAGCACGUCAGCGAUCGGCAAGACCUCGUCCUAGACUCCAAAGUGUCAGUCAGCCUCCCUGUCCGGGCGAUGACGUCACCGAUGUGUUCAUCGUCAUCAAUUCGGUCGGUCUUGUAGACGACAGCGGUGCUGCCAUAUGGCGCCGGUUGGAACUGGUCUGGCACACCGCUCAGGUGCAGCCCGACGAUCAGGUGCUGCUGUACGACUCGUGUACCCCGGAUCCGGCCUCUGACCCGGUGGUCACCGUCACCGCCGCCGAUCACUCGGACCACUUCUUCGUCACGGACGUCACGCUGCCCACGUUCAACUUCUCGGGCACUCCGGCCGUGUCGACAUGUCUCGGCUACUGCACCGAGUACCGCCGCGACGGCGCCAGCAUCGCCUCCAGCUGCCUCUCCAGCCGACCCGACUGGAUGUCCCAGAUGGCGGCCGACAUCCAGGACUUCCACCUGCACGAGGUGAUGCUGCCCGGCACGCACGAUGCGGCCUCCUACACCAACUACAGAGGAGAGAGCUCGGAUGAUGAUCUCCUGCAGAGGUACGCCUCCGCGCAGGAGGAGACGCUGCUGUCUCAGUUCUACCUGGGCGCUCGGUAUUUCGACGUGCGGGUGCUGUUCGCACCGACGACCGCCGAGAGGUUCUGGGUGAGCCACGGCCUGGUUCCCUUCCGACCCUUCCACAUCGCCAUCGACGACCUCGUCGCGAUGAUGGAGGCCUCCACUGAGAUCGUCAUCUACGAGAUCGGUGGGUUCGAGGGCUCGUUCGACAGCCACCCGGAGGCGUACGAGGAGUUGCUGUCGCUGGUGGUGCCCCGCCUGGAGCGGUGGCUGGCGCCGCGGCCCGCUGAGGCACCCCACCACGUGCUGCUCUCCGAUCUGUGGGCCGCUGACACUCGCCUGGUACUCAGCUGGGACCGCGACCCGGCCGGACGCGACUAUCUCUGGCCGCGCGUGCCCAACUCGUGGAACAACGACGACACACCCGAGGCACUGUACGAGACGCUGCGGCGCGCCAUGGACGAGGCACCGCGAGACGAGAUCUGGGCACUGGCGGGCGAGAUGACUGAGCACACUAGCGACAUCGUCUUCGACCGGCUCGAGUCGCUCCGGCAGAUGGCUGACCUGGUCAACAGGAAUGUCUCCAGGAUGGUCCGCUACGACUGGUGGGACAAGAGCAACAUCGUCAUGGCCGACUACUUCAUGGGAACGUACAACGUGGACACGGCACUGCUGGUCAAUUGGCAGAGAGCGCACUGCUGAAUGAAUCGGGUCGAUACUGAGAGGGAGACUGAUAUUUCUGGAUUACGGCGAGUUGAGUGCGACUAUGCAAAACGACGAACGAGAACGGCUGACGUCUGACGCUGCGAUCGAAACGAAGCAAAUAUACAUUUUUCUACUGGUC